AUGUUGCAGCGCCAGAUUACUACUACGGUAAGUAUUCCACCGCACUGCAGGCUUCACUUCUCUCGUACAUUGAAAUCUUCUUUAGAUUUUGUUAUCGCAAAUCCCACAAACCUUGUGGUCUGGUUACGUCUGCUCCUUUUGCCGAUUUGCACCCUUAAUCUGUAUGAACCUAAAAGAUCGAGUGAGGAACGAUCUGGUAACAGAAGGAAAUUACAGGCAGCUGCGAUCAACUCCGCUCUGUUGACUUGGAAGGAGCCUUCUGGGUGUUACAUCCUUGUUCAACAAUUGCUAGACCUGACUAAACAGCCUCCUAAGCAGCGUGUGGCCAGCAAAAAGAAGUCCAGCAAAAAUUUGGUAGCCUGCAGAAAGAAGUUGAGUUACAGUCACUAUACCGCUGCUAUUCGUAUUCUCUCAUCCAGUGGUGUUGCUCCUCCAACCCCAGACACUCUUUACGAACUCCAGCAGAAACACCCUUUAGCGCAGCCUCCUGUCAUUCCAACAGAAGCCAUUUCUGCACCUGCUAUCUCCAUGGGGGCUAGUGAUGUUCUUUUGGCUCUUAAGAGUUUCCCAAAAGGGACAUCUUGUGGCAGAGAUGGCCUCAGAGCACAGCAUUUAUUGGAUGCUAUGAGUGGUGCUAGUGCAGCUAUUGCGGAUGACCUGCUGCAGUCGAUUACUGGAGUUGUGAAUCUUUGGCUUGCAGGUAAAUGUCCUUCAAUUCUCGGUGAGUUUGUUGCCAGCGCUCCUUUGACGCCCCUGCUUAAACCAGGAGGUGGUUUGAGACCCAUUGUUGUGGGUACAAUAUGGCGUAGGCUCUGCUCUAAAUUGGCUGCCAAUUCCGUUUGUAAAAGUCUGAACCCCUACCUAGGAAAUUUUCAAUACGGGGUUGGUAUCCCGUGUGGAGGCGUAGGGAUUCUGCAUUCAUCCAACAGACUGAUCGUGCUUUGUGGUUCUGAUACCUCCAAAACAAUGAUGCUGAUCGACUUCACCAACGCCUUUAAUAUCGUUGAUCGGUCUACCAUCAUAAGGGAGGUACGUGCUCUCUGUCCUAGUAUUGCAUAUUGGGUUGAAUUCUGCUACAUGAAGCCUGCCAGGUUAUAUUACCGGGACCAUAUCCUCUCCUCAACACAGGGGGUGCAGCAGGGAGACCCUCUUGGUCCCCUAUUAUUCGCACUAGCUUUGCAUACGCUCAUUGAGAAGAUUGCGUCCAAUUGCACUCUUGAUUUUAACUCCUGGUACCUGGAUGAUGGCACCAUAGCUGGUGAUACGUUGGAGGUUUACAAGGCCUUCAAGAUUCUGCAGGAUGUUGGUCCAAGCUACGGGUUGCAUUUAAACAUUGCCAAGACAGAAUUGUUCUGGCCAUCUUUUGAUCCGAGGAGGGAGUCUGCUUUCCCGGUUAAUAUUGGCAAGGCUACAGAUGGAGUGAAGCUUCUUGGUGGCCCUGUUAGUUUAGACCCAAGCUUUUGCUGCCGCACUGUGGCUCAUAGAGUUGACAAAACUAUUCAACUUAUGGACAAGAUUCAAGUGUUGUGUGACCCUCAAUGCGAACUCCUACUCCUUCGUAGUUGCACUGGGUUAUCGAGACUGUUUUUUGCUCUUCGCACUACCUUUCCGAUGGCCUUGCUGCCUGAUGCAGAGCGUUUUGACAGUUACCUCAUGCAGUAUCUCCGGCGUCUCGUUGUGGGGGAUAAUGCUGGUUUUGGUAAGGUCCAACAGCGUCUGGCCACACUGCCGAUCAAAUAG